AUGGGUCGCGAACUCCAAAAGAAGAAGAACAAGUCGUCGCUCCCCAAGAAGCGUCAGAACGGCCCCUCCAAAAAGAAGGUUCUGAGCAACCCCAUCAUCGCGAAGCACUGGAACCAGAAGGAAACACUAUCCCAGAACUACCGUCGUCUUGGUCUGACAUCGCGCCUCAAUCAUGCAACGGGUGGCACAGAAAAGACAAUUGCUCUUCUCGGUCUCAACGAUCCCAAGUCCUCGCGCGCCGACACUGCCGCCGACAGCACUGCAAACCGCCUGAACAUCGUCUCGAAGCAGCCUACCCAAGCCGUUGAGAUUGAAGAGAUCGAAGUCGAGCGUGACCCAGAGACCGGCGCUAUCCUGCGCGUAACAGGACAGAAGGAGCAGAAGUUCAACCCGCUUAAUGAUCCAUUAAACGAGCUGGAAGACAGCGAAGGUGAGGCGGAGGAGUGGAGCGGUUUUGCAAUGGUACCCGAGCGCAGAGAAAACGAGGCUCAGAACCCCGUGAUCAGUGAGUUGGAAGAGGCGGCAAGGAAUGGUGUCAGGAAGGCGCCCAGGAAACAGAGUGAGAGGGAGGGAGAGUGGUUAGAGAGGCUGGUGAACAAGUACGGCGAAGACUAUGGGAGGAUGGCAAGGGACAGGAAGUUGAACCCCAUGCAGCAGACGGAGUCUGACAUCAAGAAGAGGGUGAAGAAGUGGAAGGCGGCACAGAGCGCUUGA